GCAUAGAUGUGACCACGUGUUGUGCAACCAGAGGACAAGGGAUCUCGGAGCUCAGACCCCACUGACACCCUGACCAAGCAUCUGUCUGAGGACCCUACAGACAGAAAGUGGCCUGGAGGUAGAAUUGGUCAAAGCUUGAGACCUCCGGGAGAAGACAGAGACAGCAUCUUGGGCCUAGACAGCCAGCGCUGGACCCAGUGAGCAGGAACAUGGUGGAGAGCUGAUUUCUUCAGUGGUGCCAAGAGGCAGCAGGUCCAGCCCCGCCCACUCCCAGCCCAGUCCUGGAAGGAGAAAAAGAACUCAGUCUGUGCCCCUCGGCUGAGGCAUCAUGCUCAGACUUUGCCAGAAUCUGCUACUCCUGGUGGUCACUGCAGUUGUUGUGUCCAGAAGUGUCCACUGCUGGGGCUCACCCAAGGUGGUGAGGAAAUUCCAGGACAUCCCCAAGGACUAUGUCUACGUGCAGCAGGCACUGUGGUUUGCUAUGAAAGAGUUUAACAGGGAGAGUAUAGACAAAUACACCUUCAAGGUGAUGGAGGUUCUGAAAUCCCAGGAGCAGGUUACAGAUAGUUUGGACUACUUUAUUGAAGUCAAAAUUGGCCGGACCAUGUGCAAGAAAACUUCAGGAGUAAAUGAAAACUGCUUAUUACAAAGCAAUCCCAAAAUGCAAAAGAUAUUACUUUGCACCUUUAUUGUUGCAUCCAAACCCUGGAAAUUUGAACUCACUAUGCUGAAGAAUGAAUGCAAAGUUGCCUAAUUAUCUUUUAGUGCAUUCUGGUGCUCUCACAUACAUUUUAAAGAAGAAACGACACUUGCAAAACAUUUUAAUAACACCACUGACUAAUCAACUGCA